CAAGGGCAGACGGGAUCCCUGUGAUCAGCUAGCUCCUAAAUAACAUAUCUGCAGGACCCCUUUGCUGGGGCCUCUGCGCUGCCUGAUAACACAUCCGCUCCCUGCAAAGGCACAGAGCCCAUGCCCUCUUUGUGUGUCUAAAUUGCCCCCCUGAAGUUGCAUGAACCCUGAGGUUUCUCCCUUGUGGCUGUUACCGCAGGGGCUGGGGAGAAGGGAUUGCACAAGCCCGCAAACUGAAGAGGAACCAAGUCCAGCAGGGCAGGCCGAGAGCCUAGCAGCAACCUAGCUAUGUGGGAUAGUGGCACCGCAAGGCCCUCCCAUGCCCUCCGGGCUUACUUAACCCCCAGAGCCUCAGCCAUCAGCACUCACCAUCCUCCCCCAGCGUGAAGGAGCAAAGAGAGCCGUCAUGGGGAGCACCAGCCUGCUGCUCCUUGUGCUCAUCCCGGCAGCUGUUUGGUUUGGGACAGGUGCCCUGGGGAGCUGGAUUAUCGGGGGGAAUGAAGUCAAGCCCCAUUCCCGGCCCUACAUUGCUUCCAUCCAGCUGGAUGGCCAGCACGUCUGCGGGGGAUUCCUGGUCUGGCACAAGUGGGUGAUGACGGCGGCUCACUGUGUGAUUCCCAGACACUCCCCCUCCUUGCGUGUCGUGCUGGGGGCUCACUCCCUGAAACACCAGGAGGCCUCUCAGCAGAUCUUCAGCAUCCGGGAGUCCAUCAUGCACCCACACUUCAAUGCCCGGACGGUCCACAAUGACAUCCGCAUGCUGGAACUGAACAAGUCGGCCAUCUUUACCCAGUUUGUGAAGCGGAUCAGGCUCCCCCGACCCAACACCGACCUCUCUCCCGGGGUUGUCUGCAGAGUGCUGGGCUGGGGCGACACCUCCAAUUUUGGCACCGUCCCCACCGAGCUCAGGGAGACCAAGACGACGAUCGUGGACAGGAAGAUCUGCAAAGCGCUGUGGGUGGGUCACGUCAACGACGACAUGCUGUGUGCGGCCAGCCUCAACAGCACCCUCCAGGGGGUCUGCUCGGGUGAUUCCGGGGGCCCCCUCGUCUGUGGGGGCAGGGUACAUGGCAUAGUCUCCUUCUCCGGGCAGAGGUGUGGGAAUCGCAGGUACCCAGACAUCUACACUCGGAUUUCCAAGUACAUCUCCUGGGUCCAGGAUGUGCUGAAGCGCUUUUAAUACUGGAGAUGAGAGCUGUGGGGGCUCCUUGUGUGACAGACAUUCUGAAGAGGGGGGAGUUGGGACUGAGAAAAAGAGGGAGGGAUCUUUCUCUAUUGGGCAGUUAACAUGCAUUUCACUAUAAAGUCUAUGGGGUCUGGUGUUCAGGAUGGGGGGAAUGGGAUCAGGACUCCUGCGUUCUAUUCCCAGCUCUGUGAGGGACACGUGGUCUAGUGGCAACUAGCAGUCAGGGCUUCUGUGUUUUAUUCCCACUUGCCCACUGACAGCUCUUGGGGUGAGUCCCUUCCUCACACUGUGCCUCAGUUUCCUCAUCUGUAACAUGGGGAGAAAGGUACCUCCCUCACAGGGCUGUUGAGCGCCUCAUGAGUUAGUAUCUGUGAAGUGCUUGGAGAUGCUCAGGUGAAAGGGGUAGAGAGGUGAUGCCCAUGAUCUUGCCUGAGAUAUUUCAGGACAAGCCUAGCUCUCUGGACCCACAGUUCCCUGUCCUACGCAGCCCCACGAAAUGGGUGUACAGAAGGAUACAUGCCUUUCCCAGACUGCCUGGAGGAUCAUCACCUAAUCCACGUAUGCUGCUUGAUGUAAUACAACAGCCCAGGUGGGUCAGCUGCACCCAGGAUUGAACUUGCAACCUUUGGAUCUGAGCACACAGGCCUCUAUGGACUGAGCUAGAAAAGCCACCUCUGUGUCCACUUCACAAACCUCUAUGUAGCCCAGCCACUAGCGGUGACACAGACCCCCACUGUUGGCCUGAGUUACACCGAAACCCUUUUCACUGUGCUGUCCCAGACAGCCACCCCAAGGCAGCGUGGGCCCCACUCUCACGCUGACCAGCAUCAAAGCCUCUGGGCCCGCAACGCUGGAGCGUUCCACUUACACACCUCUGCCCAGCUGGCACCUGAAAACCUGGCAGAGGCUGAUCCAUCCCGUUACCUCCAUUGACACCUGCCCUGUGGUCUAGUAUCCCUCCAGCCAUCACCCUGCAGGGACAGAAACGCUUCGCUGGGAGAAGCUGGAAUGGCCAUCACUGCUUGCGCCUCAAAAACGGGUUCCUCCCCGAGCUCGGGCCCCGUUUGUUUGCCUCUGCUGCCUUUGGAGAUUUCCAGCCUAAGGAGGCAGCGGGGUGGAGCUACAAACAAGGAGCCUGCCCAGGCCUCUCCCCAGCCCUGUGUGCAAGAGGCAGCCACAUGCUUGGUCCUUGCAGCCCUGGCAUGCACGGGGUGAGCCCUCUGCACUAGUAGGAAUUGAGGGGAAGGGGUUCAUUGCACCAGGAUAGCUGGGACACCCAGUCUGGGCCUGUAGCUGGGGCAAGCCUUGGAGCAGAUCCUCAGGAGCAGUGACUCUCCAACUGCACUCCGUGUUAGGGGGUGGGUGCACCUGAGCCGGGCCAGGGGUCAGUGGAUCAAGGGGGCAGGUCUCACCUCUGGAGCCAGAGUAAGAGCCCGUUGGUAUGCCCGUAGCGCAAGAAGGGACCUGCUGCUCUCUGGUCUGCCAGCAGGGGGCGUAUUUGGCUGCAUUACUUACAGCCCGAUCCAAAGCCCACAGAACUCAGCGGAAAGAGCCCCGGCACACAUCUACCCUGCAAGGAAAGGGGCCGGGAUGGAGACAGCCUCGCGGCAUCAAGGACGAGCACAGGCAUAGCCUGUGAAUGCGACGACGUAGCAUUUGUCUGGCUGCGGCUAGGGGGCACUAUGCUGCUAGAGACACUAUUUCAGAGGCGACUGACGCCCCGUCCCUUUGUAACCCGUAAAUAACCUCUGGCAACAGUCAGGGUGUCAGGUUAACCGCUAGCCCAUACCCCCCUUCCACAGCUAGGUAUAGAGCCAGCAAUCCUGCCCCCCCGCCCCCCCAAUCCUGCUGAAACCACUAGAUCACACUGCCUCCCCCAGAACUAGCAACAGCUGGAGACUAUACACCUGUAGCUAUUUAUCCCUCAGAAGGACCCAAACAUGAGAGGAUACUUGGCCCGGGGAGGAUAAGUUGGUGUGUCAAAUUCUUGCCUUCUGUCCCGCCCCUCUCAACUUCUCUCUGCAGUUUCCGUUGCUUUCUCCUUCACUUCUUGACUUAAACUGUUGGGUAGUGUUCCGGCAAGACUGUUAAACAGCUGCCACCUUCCACCCCAGAGGUGGGUGCAUCCCAGUGGCGGACAAAAUGAUCAGUAUUUCUUACUUCUCCCAGGGUGGGGGUGUGCAAGUUAAUGGGCUCAUGGCUGUAAAAUGCUUGGAAAUAAAGAGCACUGAGGGGAUACAGCCUGUCUGCAAUGAUUGACAGGUCUGCAGUCCUUGGGGAGGGUGGUUGUGGCUUGCAGGUGUGGCUGGUGUCCCAUUAGGCCUAGACUUAGUCCCCCUGCCAUGCAAGGUAUCGUACUCCAGAUAUUAUUUACAGGCAUUUCUAUGGGCACCUUGUGGAUACUAACAAAAUUAGGCCUCCCAGAAGGAUUAUUUACUCCUGGGGAGUUCUGUGCCACUGUGCAUGCACAGAAUUUAUGUCCCCCGCAGAUUUAUUUGUUUCCCUGUAGAACAAUGACUUUCUGAUGAGGAAGCAAAGGGAAGCCACAAGAACGGUCAUGUGACCCUCCCCAGCAGUAUGUUUUGGGUGACCAGGGCAACUGGCAGAGAGGUAAAUCACUGUGGGGCAGGAGGCGGAACUGGGGGAGACCCGGCUGGUGGCUCCUACCCUGCACCAGGCUCAGCUGCUAGUCCAGGCUGGGCUGGGGAGGACAGGACUUCCUCUUCCCCUGCAAGGCAACCAGGGCCAGGUCAGACCUACCCCCAGAUUUCUCCCCCGGCUGCAGGAAGCUCUGCAAACUUGCCCCCCCCCCCCCCCCCACAAACAUACUUCCUGCACCCAUUGUUCCUCAGCUGCAGGGGGAAGGAUCCCUGUACAGGGAGCUGCUCCCCGAUCUGCCCAAACCCCGUGCAACUGGAUCCCCUCAUAUCCGGACCCUCCUGCCAAGCCUCACCCCAGCACACUCAGAAACCUCCUUAUGAGCCCCACUCACCCUGCACUUGGAUCACCCCAACAAGCCACACCCAGAUCCCCACCCCACGAAGCCCCAACCUGUUGCACCUGGGUCCCCAACCCACUGAGCCCGCCACACCCAGACCCCCCGGCUGAGCCCCAACCACCUUCACGUGGAUCCCCCUGCAGAGUCCCAUAACCACUGCACCCACAACACACCCCUGUGCAUCCAGAUUCCCCACACACACCGGGAUCCCCCAUUGAACCGCCUGCACCCAGACUGCCCCACACAGAACCCUCUCAACCCAAAUCUGGAUCCCCCCACACUAAGCCCCUCCACACUUGGAUCCUGCCUUGCUGAGCCUGCCUGGCACGGAGGGGCAGGGCCCUGGGGUGUUUCUGGGGCAGGCCCAGGCAUUGCGCUGUGUCAGGGUUGGGUGCAGCCUCACCGCUGAGUCCGUGUCCGAGGGGGAGCGGAGGGGAGGGAGCUGCACAGUGACCUCCCACCUCUGUGCAGCCGGUGGCCUGUGCUCCCCAGUGCCAUGCUAGAGCCUCCACAUUUAUCUGACAAAUAAAAUUUGCCAAAUUUUAAAAUAUUGUGCACAGAAUUUUAAUUUUUUUGGCGCAGAAUAUUUAAUUUUUUGGCGCAGAAUGCCCUCAGGAGUAAUUAUCCUCUCCAUUUUACAGAUGGGGAAACUGAGGCACAGCUUGGGGCAGAGACUUGCUUAAGAUCACUAAGUGAGUCAACGCCUCCUCCAGAAGCCUUUCAUCCCUGCCUCGGCGUAUCCAGCAGCCCCUGCCUCUGCUAUUCCCCCCCCAGACAGAGAGAAGGGAAGUGGGCUGGUGCCUUCCGCCCCCCAGGAGGAGUUGUACCUUGGUGGCCGGUGGUGUCGUGUGCUGGGGCAGGCUUUGGCAUCACCCAUCGCACAAGCUGCACCGCCGGGGGCUUGUUUCCACCUCCCCCUCCAUUUCUCAAUCCCCCCUGCAAUGACGCAACUGGCGACAGUGGUCAAACGAGCCGAGACUCCUUCUGGGACCUGGCUGGCCACCAGCACAGGCCACACAUAAUGCGGGUGGAAAGGGAGCCGCUGCUGGGGGCUGAUGUUGCUUUCCUGUUGGACGUGUGGUUGGGCUGAUGAGCCUGGGGAUGUUACCUGCCCAGUGGGGGGGCUACCCAGUGGCCUCUGGUUCUUGAGUCACACAGAACAAAGCCCUCGGGGCUCAUUCCUGAGCCCCAGCCAGCUGGGUCAGUGCCCCCUACCCCAAUCCCCAGCCAGAUCCUGUAGCUGACAAUUUCCCUAGGGGUGGAAUUAGAUAUCUAUUAGCUUGGCCCCAGAACAGCUGUGGGGGGGGGGCGGGGAGGGGGGAAAGCAGCCAGCUUGUAAAGCUAAUGCAGGGAAACUGGAGCUGAACGCCUUGCUCCGCCUUCAAGCAGCCAACCAGUCACCUGGGCUGGGAGUGCUACUUCCAGGAGACCACACAAGAGGAGGUGAUGGGCGCAUGGGCAUCAAUGGCUAUUAGCCAGGAUGGGCAGGGAUGGUGUCUCUAGACUCUGUUUGCCAGAAGCUGGGAAUGGGCGACAGGGGAUGGAUCACUGGAUGAUUCCCUGUUCUGUUCAUUCCCUCUGGGGCACCUGGCAUUGGGCACUGCUGGAAGACAGUUUUGUGUGUGGUUUUUGGAGGGAGGUGGGGGGGGGUGAGAAAACCUGGAUUUGUGCUGGAAAUGGCCCACCUUGAUUAUCAUACACAUUGUGAAGAGAGUGGUCACUUUGGAUGGGCUAUUACCAGCAGGAGAGUGAGUUUGUGGGGGGGGGACCGAGGGUGAGAAAACCUGGAUUUGUGCUGGAAAUGGCCCAACUUGAUGAUCACUUUAGAUAAGCUAUUACCAGCAGGAGAGUGGGGUGGGAGGAGGUAUUGUUUCAUGGUCUCUGUGUAUAUAAUGUCUUCUGCAGUUUCCACGGUAUGCAUCCGAUGAAGUGAGCUGUAGCUCACGAAAGCUUAUGCUCAA